CUCCUCUCAUCAUCUCUUUACUUUCCCCUAAAUCUGAAACCCUAGUUCUCAAACUCGCCAUGGAUUCCGUCGAAUUGAAUCCUCCUUCGCACACCCUAGACCAACCUCCUCCUCCUCCUCCCUCCGAACCCUUAGAUUCAUCCAACGGAGACAACACAUCUCCCCUCGCUCCGGAUCAGAUUCCAGCUCCCGAAGCUCCCAACGGCUCUUCCAACGGAAACGACAAGAAUCAAACCGAUGAUACCACAACCCGAAGGAAGCGUCGGAGCAGGUGGGAUCCUCCACCUUCCGAGUCGGUCACGAGCGCCGAAGGCGGCGAUUCCGGUACCGGGACAAGGAAGCGUAAGUCAAGAUGGGCUGACGACGAGCCGAAACCGAUUCACCUACCCGAUUUCAUCAAGGAGAUCACUGGAGGUAUCGAGUACGAUCCCGAGAUUCAGGUUUUGAACAGUAGGUUGCUCGAUAUCAGUAGGUUGCUUCAGUCCGGUAUGGCUUUGGACGAUAGACCCGAAGGACAGAGGUCUCCUUCGCCGGAGCCUGUGUAUGAUAACAUGGGGAUUAGGAUUAACACUAGGGAGUAUAGAGCUAGGGAGAGGUUGAAUAGAGAGAGGCAAGAGAUUAUAUCUCAGAUUAUUAAAAAGAAUCCUGCUUUUAAACCUCCCGCGGAUUAUAGGCCUCCUAAGCUUCAGAAGAAGCUGUUCAUUCCGAUGAAGGAUUAUCCUGGUUAUAAUUUUAUUGGUCUUAUUAUUGGUCCGAGGGGGAAUACUCAGAAGAGGAUGGAGAGGGAGACUGGUGCUAAGAUUGUGAUUAGGGGUAAAGGGUCUAUGAAAGAAGGGAGGCUGCAGAAGAAGGAUAUGAAGUAUGAUCCUGCUGAAAAUGAGGAUUUGCAUGUUUUAGUUGAGGCUGAGACUCAGGAGGCUCUUGAAGCUGCUGCGGGUAUGGUUGAGAAGCUUCUGCAGCCUGUUGAUGAGGUGUUGAAUGAACAUAAGAGGCAGCAGUUGAGGGAGCUUGCUACCUUGAAUGGGACUAUAAGGGAUGAGGAAUUUUGUAGGCUGUGUGGUGAGCCUGGACAUAGGCAAUUCGCUUGUCCAUCUCGUUUGAAUACGUUUAAAAGUGAUGUGCUUUGUAAGAUUUGUGGUGAUGGUGGACAUCCUACUAUUGAUUGCCCCGUGAAGGAUACUAAUGGGAAGAAAAUGGAUGAUGAAUAUCAGAACUUCUUGGCGGAGUUAGGAGGAACUCUCCCUGAAUCUUCUCUCAAACAAAGUGCUACCUUGGCUCUGGGACCGGGGAGUUCGGGAAGUAAUCCUCCAUGGGCUAACAGUGGGGGCAGUGGGCCAAGUGCGCAUCCUGGCUUAGGGUCAAAUCCAGCGAAACCCUCGAAAGAAUAUGAUGAAAAAAAUCUGUACAUUGGGUUCUUACCUACGAUGCUUGAGGACGAUGGUUUGAUUAAUCUUUUUUCACCCUUUGGUGAAAUUGUGAUGGCAAAGGUAAUCAAGGACCAUAUUUCUGGUCUGAGCAGAGGCUAUGGUUUUGUGAAGUACGCAGAUGUUCAGAUGGCCAAUGCGGCUAUACAGGCAAUGAAUGGUUAUCGGUUAGAAGGUAAAACACUUGCUGUCAGGAUUGCUGGUAAACCGGCACCGCCUCCUGGGCCCCCGGCACCUCUGCCACCUACUCAGUCUUAUCCUCCUCCAAACCAGCCGUCUGGUGCCUAUCCGUCACAACCAUAUGGCGCUGGCGGGCAAAUGCCACCUACUCCUUGGGGUCCUCCUGCUCCUUCCUAUUCUCCAUAUGCUCCUCCGCCACCUCCUGGUUCUUACCAUCCUGUCCCUGGUCAACAUAUGUCUCCCUAUGGAAUGCACUACCCACCACCACCACCUCCUCCUCAUGUGACACAAGCUCCUCCACCUGGCACUACUGCUAGUGAAAGCCAGCAAAGCUUCCCGCCAGGAGUAGUACAAGCUGACAGUGGUACUCCUCCUUCAUCUGGGCCACCAAAUGUCUAUGGUAGUUCGCUUUCUUGUUUACCUGGACAGCCUCCAUAUAUGAGUUAUCCAUCUUAUUACACUGCUGUUCCACCUCCACCUCCUCCUCCAGUGCCGACGUCUUCCGCUGAUCAUUCCCAAAGCAUGAGCAACAUGCCAUGGGCCAGCAAUCCUCCUGUGUCGUCAUCUGAUCACUCGCAGGGUCUUGGCAAUGCACCUUGGGCACCUAAUCCACCUAUGCCACCUUCUGUUGGAUAUUCCCAGAGCAUGGGGAACGCACCAUGGGCUCCUAAGCCUCCAGUACAGCCACCUGCAGAGAAUCCAUCCGCUGUUGGAGAUUCUGAGUACGAGAAGUUCAUGGCUGAGAUGAAGUAGCAUGUGGUGUUCUAAGGAUAAACUCCUUAGUGGAGAGGUGUGAUGUUUCUUGGAGCUGUUGUACCCUGUUUUCUUACAUCUUUCUUGUUGGAAGUUUGGGACUCACAUCUUAACCACUUGCUAUGCUGUUGUGAAAUAUGCAGAGAUCCAGGCUGGAAGGAAGCUCUCAGUUCAUACUGUUGCGCUUCAGAAAGACCAUAAUAUAUUUUAUUCAUGUUUACUGAUAAUAAUUUGUUUUCUGUACCUUUUCAGUUUGGGAUUUGAAACUUUUGGUGGUAUUGGUGUCGACAUUGCAUAUCAUAUCUAGUUCCUGAUACAUCUUUUGGAUCAUUAAACUUUUUUUAUAAGUUGGGUGCAGACCAUUAUGUUUUAAGUGUGUGCUUACUUACGUUAACAAUUUUGGUAAGUGGUGUGAUGUGCUGAAACUAGGGGAUAUUGGCAAGGAACAUAUUCGUAUGGAGGAAGUUGCGCAUCUGCUUUGUUCAUUUUUGUUGCCAUUGGCAGAUGGGAAACCUCUGUCCGAGCUAACGGAGUUACCGUAUCUUGUGUUAAGUAAAGGCAUUGUUUCGGAAGAAUAUAUAUAACAUCUCUUUAGAGAAAACAAGAAAUUUUCUGAUAUCUAGUUAUUAUUAUUUCAAACACUGCUCUCGCAUAGAAGAAUAAAAACAAAUCUAGAUUGGCU